UUUUUUUUUUUUAAAAAAAAAAAUAGAGAACUUUGGGUCUUCUUGAGUUUGUCUGAAUACGAGCUCAUUUUUUCCGUAGAAAAAUUUUGUGGGGCUGUCUUGUUUUUUCUCACCCUUCUUUUUUCCUGAGAUUUUUCCAAUCUCGUUCGCCUUUUUUUGGGGGGGCUUUUCUAGAUUCUCCAUAAUUUUUGAAAAUAUUGACUGAGGAGCUGGAUGCCGUGAAUUUUUGUUGGAUUUCUUUUCCCACGUGAAAUCUUGUGUAUACAAUCGUUGCUUGAUUAUGUGUACAGUUUGUGUGAUUGCUUUGUGAAUAUCCUUGAAAGCAAAGACUGGAUAUUUUAGAUACAUUGGUCGAUUUUUCCAAGGGGGUUAAGAAAAAAUCCAGAGUACAAAAAUUUGCAAUUUUUGUUGUUGGUGGAGGAUACUUUUCCAACUUCCAAGUAAUAACAAUUGUUUCGUUGAAGGGAAGAUCGGUUUUGCCAUUAGCAUUUGGAAGUUUGUGCUUCAAGAGAAGAUUAAAAAGUAAAAAAUUCGAUCCCACAGACACAAUAGGAAACACUGACUUGGGAUUUGUCCUUUAUUUACAGAAAACAGUUUUUCUCCUCAGCAUACAAAUGAAGUUAAUGGCCUGCAUGUUGUAUGAAAUUUCAGCAGUUGGAGUAUAAUUAGGUGGGUUUAAUGCACUGUAAAGUGUAGAGCCAGGUAAAACUCACAAUGGCUAAGAGAUCAAAAAAACGCCCGUCAAGACAUGAAAGAGAUCAGGCCGGUUGCAUAUCUGGUUUAAUUAAUGUGUUUAACUUUCGUCACGGUCGAUCCAGUAAACGAUUGCUUUCUGAUAGAAAGCAAGUCAGCAAACAAGCUGAGGGCGCUGGCCAUUUGAGUAACAACAUAGUUUCGCCGAGUUCAACUGUAGAGUGUGAAACAUCAGUGGACACUGACAAAAGUAAGAUGCCUAUGUCUGAUGCAUCUAAAACAAGUGUGAAGGAACUUAUGGAAGAGGAAAUGUUCAAUGAGCAACCAAAUGACUCAAAUUUUUGUUCCGAACAAAUCAAAUCAAAAUCAGGAAAUCAUUUGAAAAAGAAUCAAAAGAAAAAGAAAACGUCAGCCAAGUCCGUCGACAUGGAUUUGGACCAAGAUCGCCACCAGAAGCUAUUGGGUAAUUUUAACCUGGAAAGAAUAUUGCAAGAGUUGGCAGAUAUUGACAAGAAAAACACAAAUAUCCAGAAUUUUGAUGUUGACAUUGAUAUACCAUCCAGUGAUGCUAUUACUGUAGUCGAAGAGAAGUUAGUUCAAGCAGUAAAGCUGUUUAUAGAACAGAGAUUAAGCAACAGCAAGCGUUUUGGUGGCGAGGAGAACAGUUUUCGCUCCCUGGAGCUAACGGAUGCUUUGAAGACUUUAAGUUCGAAUAAGGGAUUAUUCUUGAAUCUUCUAGAGGAUCCCAAUUCUGAACUGGUUAAGCACAUAAAAAAUUUUGAAGACGCUCGCUUAAGCAAAAAGGAUCAAUCGGCCCGUUGUUCGCCGGUUAACCCAAAGCCCGAAGAGUUAAGUAGCCAUAAAAAUCGUAGUUUCUUCCCGAGGAGGACCAAGUCUCUUGAAAGCUUUCCCCAGGGAGUGGAUAAUAAUAAAAAUAAGGAUAGUCAAUCUUCGAAUAAAAUCAUCAUCUUGAAGCCUGGCCAGGCCAUGCCCAGAAGCCCAGUAACCGAUAUUGCUGAUAAUGAGAGAAACACAAAUGUAUCUCAGUUCUCUUUCAUGGAGAUUAAAAGAAAGCUAAGGCAUGCUAUGGGAAAAGAGAGACAAGGGAUCUCGCCUGAGAAGCUUUCUCCCAAGUCCUCAAACGAUAAUAAUGGUGAAAAGAGAGAAAGUUUCGGGUGGAAGUCCCCUAAUAGAAACCAUUUUUAUAUGGAAAGAUUCACUCUUUCUUCUCCUAGCGUCAAGAAAGGUGUGCCAGCUGGCAAGAUGAAAGAUGAAGGUUCGGAAACUCUGAGGCUUGGAGGAUCCAACAUUUACGUUGAGGCUAAGAAACAUUUAUCCGAGAUGGUAAAGAGUGGUGAUGAGAAUACUGAGUCAGUGUCUGGGAAUAAUAAUUCAGUAAAGCCCCUUGGUCGAAUUCUCUCUUUUCCUGAGUAUAAUAAUGUAUCGCCUUGCCUUAGCCCUAAAAAGCACAGUGAUGAGAUUUUCAUAGCUGCCCAAAUGAGAUUAUCUCCACAUGGCACGGUAAAGAACGAUCAAAGUUUAACAGUGCAAAAUUCGGAAAGUCAACCCUGUGUCUCCUGUAGUAACUCUGGCAACAAAGAACAAACCAUGCUUGCGAAUGUUGACAAUUCAAUUGGAGAUUAUCGAGAAGAUUUUUUAGAAAUUCGAUGCUUUAAUGAUGAUACCAUAGUUUUUGAAGUUCAACUGGAGACCAAAAGAACGAAUGGGUUAAGGGAUCAGGGAGAGGAAAAGGCCAUUGAUAUCUCAAUAGGUGAAGAUAAUCAAAAUGUAGACACUAGAGAAGUAGACGAUGAAGAAAGUGGUUCUCUGUGCUUCAAAUCGAGAAUUGAAGCGAUAUGUCCGAGUAUAAAAGAGGAACUAAUCUGCUUGAAAAUGAAACGAGACGAAGCUUCUCCUUAUGCCCAGAAUUUAUCUGUGGACGACCAAGUACCGUCUCCACCUGAUCGAGCUACCACCGAAAUUGAUGAUUCGAAUCGUAUAAUCGAAAAGAUUGAACAACCCAGUCCAGUAUCUGUUCUUGAGCCGUUAUUCACAGAUGAUGAUAUUACUCCUGCAAGCACUAUAUCUCACCCGGUCGAAGAGGAGAUUCAACCACGACACAUCAUUUUCGAAGAAGAACAAUCUUCUGAUCACGACCAAGGAAUUUGCACAAGGAUCUCACCCGAGGGCGAAGAAUCUGCUUUCGAGUAUGUAGAGGCUGUUCUACUCGGCUCAGGUCUGAACUGGGACGAGUUCCUGCUGAGGUGGCUUUCCUCGUACGAAAUCCUCGACUCCUCACUAUUCGACGAGGUUGAGCUGUUCUCAAGCCGGCCCCACCACGACCAGAAACUCCUGUUCGACUGUGCCAACGAGGCUUUAGAGGAGGUUUGCAAGGAUUACUUUGGGUGCUUUAAUGGAAAAUCGAGAAGUACUAAAACUAAUGUUCGGCCGUUGCCUAAAGGGAUGGACCUCAUUCAUGAUGUGUGGGAAAGAGUCGAAAAGCGCCUUCUUCAUAAUAAUUCACAGUCUCUACCUCUCGACGGGCUCUUGAAGAGGGACUUGGUGGGGUCCACCGAAAACUCGGAUGUUGAGCUUAUUGUGCAAGAAGUUGAGGAGAUAAUUUUUGAUGAGUUGGUGGAUGAAAUUUUUUUAGGGUGUUUUGGGGAUUGUGCUUUCGAGCGUGAGUUUGACGUGUGUUAUAGUGAGUCCACAAACAUCGAGGAUGUCGAUUCGUAGGGGGUAAUAAGUGAUAACCGACUACUUGUUUUUCAAACUACAUUUGUGUUGAGUGGUCUCGGGAGUUAGUUUUUUAGGCUCGCAUGGGUUCGGUUUGGGAUUUCGGUAAGGAUAACCAAAAUCUUAUGACGUUACUAUGUUGUGAGAUUUUAGUGCAAGAACUUACGAAUGAGGAAUAAUGGGUCCCCUUGAUCGAUACAAUGACUAACCUCGUGAAAGAAGUCGAGCUCUUGUUUUGUUUUGUUUUGUUUGUACUCAGUUUGUGUGGUCUUUUUAUCUUGUUUGGUUUGCACAUAGGUUUUGGGGUUUGUACUCAGUUUGUGUGUUGUACUUUCAUCUUGUUUGGUUUGCAAAAAGGUUUGUUUGUAAAGAAAGCAUCUGAGAAUUUGUAUUUCAUUUUUCCAUCCUCACCUGUAAUGCCUUUUAACUUGUACAAUACAUGUGUUUAGUUCAACUUCAGUUUCAACUUAAUUUGAACUUUG